GGGCAGUGAUUGGUUAAACGCGCACACUUCCUGGUAGGCUGUACGUGUUGUUGUUCAGUUAUUCGUCUAAAUUUCCUUUUCUGAACCUACCAAAACUGAAACCACGGAUAAAUUGAGCAACAUUGCUCUUUAAAGAUUCCACCCUGUCGUUAGCAUACGGUCAGGUGGAAGUUUUAGCGGGCCAUCGAAACAGAAAGGGCGGCGGUGAGAGUGGACUCGAGCCACGGAGCUCCAAACCACAGUAACCCGGAGAAGAGAGCGCUUUAGCCGGGGAAGCGUUAGCAGCGAUCGGUGAAGAACAAGACUGCUCCUACUUCAUCUGGACGUUAAAUAAAAGAGCCACUUGCAAACUUUGUGAACGAAUUGGGGGAGUGUGAGCAUGAGGUUGGAUUGAGAAUGAAGAGUCCCGCCCACCGCACCCGGGACAUCGAGCGUCAGCCUGGAUACCUGCGCCCCGAACACUGUGCCCCUCCCCCUCCCCGCACCUCCUCGGACACCAUGUGGUUCAUUCGGGACGGGUGCGGCAUUGUGUGCGGGAUCAUUACCUGGUUCCUGGUCUUAUACGCAGAGUUCGUGGUGGUUUUCGUGAUGUUGCUCCCGAUGAAAAACGUGGCCUAUAGUCUCUUCAAUGGAGUCCUGUUUAAUGGACUGGCCUUCCUCGCCUUAGCCUCCCACGCCAGGGCCAUGUGCACAGACCCGGGAGCUGUGCCAAAGGGGAAUGCGACCAAAGAAUUCAUCGAGAGUCUGCAGCUCAAACCGGGACAGGUGGUAUACAAGUGUCCCAAAUGCUGCAGCAUCAAACCCGACCGGGCACACCACUGCAGUGUUUGUAAGCGCUGCAUUAAAAAGAUGGACCAUCACUGUCCCUGGGUCAACAACUGUGUGGGAGAGAACAACCAGAAAUACUUUGUUCUUUUCACUAUGUAUAUUGCACUGAUCUCCUUCCACGCUCUCAUUAUGGCGGCCUUCCAUUUUGUUUUCUGUUUUGAACAGGACUGGGCAAAGUGCAGUAAUUUCUCUCCUCCGGCCACUGUGAUCCUGCUGAUCCUGCUGUGCUUCGAGGGGCUGCUCUUCCUCAUUUUCACCGCUGUGAUGUUUGGGACUCAGGUCCACUCCAUCUGCUCUGAUGAGACCGGGAUUGAGCAGUUGAAGAAAGAGGAGCGACGAUGGGCCAAAAAGUCCAAAUGGAUGAACAUGAAGGUGGUUUUCGGACACCCUUUUUCAGUGGCCUGGCUCAGUCCUUUUGCCACCCCGGACCACGGCAAAGCAGACGUUUACCAGUACAUCGUGUGAGGAAAGAUAAAUGAUAACAUAUGAACUCCGAAACCACUCUUAUAUAUUUUCUUUAUGGAUAUAUCUUGGUGUUCUAUUGUAAACUUGAUUGAAAAUAUGUUUUUUUAAGUGUCACGUUUUCUUUUUAUUAUUCUUGUUGGGUGCUGAUAGAGAUUUUGGAAGUAUGGGUGCUUCUUAAGUAAUAAAAUACUCUGGAAAUAAUUAAUUAAGCUAUUAAAUUCAAAUCACACUAAGUCAAAUUUAAAUAACAUUUUGUGUAGCCUUUGCACACUUUAGCGUUUAGUUAUUUUAAUUGUGACCUAAUCUGAAAUGCAUAUUGAAGAUAAAGAAAACAGGUAAGCCAUAUACAAUAAAUUCUACAUAACUAAAUUAUAUAAAUAGUGCAUAUGGCUUUUACUUAAAUACUUAAAACUAUUUAUUUUUAGUUAAUUAUGUUCCAUUGUAUUUUAAUUUCUUCAGAUGUACCGGUUUAACUGUUUUACUCUUACACAAAUUUCCACAUUACAACUUCAUAACUCUGAAACUCUGACAAAACCACUGAGCACUUAAAAUCAGUAAAAGCAACAAAAGUGACUGAAGGUAUCACCAAAACGUCAAACCAUUUCUACAAUCCUCGACAAUAAUGUGAAAUGAAUGUUGUUGCCCAAAAGCACCAGGUCAGAUUUGAACCUGUGCCUAGCUUUUGUCUUCCUUUAUUACUGUAAUCAUUUGUCACUUGCUGAAUACGGUAGUUAGUUCUGUCGAAUGCUGGAAAAAAAAUGCCUUAGAUUUUAGAGAUAUUUGUCAUUGUUGCCUUAAUAUGACAGUCAGGAUGAGACUGGAUUAUACUGGGUAAUAAUAAUGGAUUAUUUGAUCAUUUUAAUAGUUUAUAUUGUUCACUUUGACCUGGCAUUUGAACACACCUCAAGCUUUAAAAAUAUCAGGAUAUAUAGCGAUAGAGAAUUAUUAUUUCAUUAAUUUGUGUGGAUACAUUACUUUAUAACAAAAAAAAACUACCCUUAAACUUAUUUAUGCUAUUAAAGUGUAUAAACUAGACUCAAAAGUAAGUUAUGAUUGGCCAGAGUGUUCAGUAUUUGACUUAACUUUCUAAUAAUUUAAAAUGAGCCUAGAUGAGACGACAACUACUGUUAAAUCUGGUGUUUGAUUCCUCUCUCCACCAGUACAUAUUGCCAUUUUGUCUUUGGGCAUGUCUGCUUCCUUGAUUUUAAGUGUUAUUAAUGCGCAAUAAAGAAAAAGAAGACCAACUUACCAUUUAGUUUACAAAAAAAUUAUAAUAAAACUUUUCAGGGUAAUCAUGUAUAGUUGUACUAUUAAAUCAGCUUUCUUCACCGACUUUGUCACACCAUGUUUCUGAGUGUCACCAGGUCCAAACCGGAUUUGACUUAAACAAGAUUAAACUGAACCAGACUGUAAAUUCUAAAUACAAACUUAACUCAUAGGAAGUCUAAAUGUGAAUCAAACUGAUUAAAUUAGAAGGUGCACUAUGUGACUUUUCUGGUGCAGCGUCCACCACCUUCUUCCCUAUCUCUCUGUAGAUGUUAUUGAUUUCUUUGGAUGUAAUGUUCCACCGUAAGGCAUUAUAGCUGUUUUUCUCCAUGGAGACAAGUAGGUGGAAUAUUCCAGGCAAAGCAGAAGCAAAGUGGACCCUCACCAGAAAAGUUAGACAGUGCGCAUUUAAACAAAGAUAAGAUUACCUCACCAAAUUUCUUUUAACAUCACUGUAUUAUGAGUAAUCAGAACAGUUUUCGUACUUUCUUUACUUUGCUUCUGUUAAGUUUUAAAUGCCAAGUUUAAAGUGUCUCUUCCUUAUUGGCUAACAUCACAGCUGUGCUCCUCUGACUUGAUUGCAUGACAAAAAUAAACACUAUUAGCAAAGCCAUCACUGUGAGGGCCAUCUGGAAGAGGCAAAACACUAGAUGCUCCAUAAACUGACUUUGUUGUAACUACCUGUUUGGUUUUACAUCACCAGCUCUGGUCAAAACAUCAGGCAAACAAGCAAUACGUUCUACAGAAGCCGUGAGCAAGUAGCAACAAACUGUCACUUAUUUUAUGUUCAGAUUUGUGCCCACUCAACAAGGAAACGUGAAAAAUUACCAAGCAGGUGUGACUUUGCUGACCAGUGAAUUGAAUAACAGAAUAUAUCUUCAACAUGGCACCUGAGAGUGGACACUUUUUCCUCUUAGAUACAGAAAGACAGAAAGAAGUCAAAGAAGAGGAUUUAAGGGAGUUUGACGAGAUUGAGAGCUCUGGUUGGACUUCGGUUACUCCUGAGUCUGUCCUGGUUUAGACCUGAUUUUGUGCUGAUGGGUUAGACCUGGGCUAUUCCUGAUUCAGACCUGACCUGGUUUAGCCUCAGUUCGGUUAAGGGAACUUUCACACUUGCACUGUCGCCACAUCUAAAUUGGUUCUAAAUGGAACUAAACCAGGGAUUAAAUCUGGAACCAAGCCAGGACCAAGCCAGGACCAAGCCAGGACCAAGCCAGGACCAAGCCAGGACCAAGCCAGGACCAAGCCAGGACCAAGCCAGGACCAAGCCAGGACCAAGCCAGGACCAAGCCAGGAGUAAACCAGGAGUAAACCAGGACUAAACCAAGCCUAAACCAGGACUAGAAGGGCCAAACUAAGUCUACAUUAAGACUCAAAUUAGGCUCAAACCAGCUCCAAGCCAGGACAAGUAUGAAUGCAUCCUUAGGCCUGCUAGAUUAGACCUGGUUUAGUCCUAGUUUAGACCUGGUUAAAUCCAGAUGGGCCAGACCUGGUUUAGUCCAGAUGGGCCAGACCUGGUUUAGUCCUGGUUUAAUCCAGAUGGGUUAGACCUGGUUUAGUCCACCGUGGCAGUGGACAGUAUUAGGGAAGAAAUGUGAGAUUUUAUUACUGUUUAGUAUAGUAUUUACUAUUAAUAUUGUUUCACUGUUUGACAGAGGCUUAACCAAGACUGAAAAUCUUUAAUUCUGCGAUACACUAUGCUACGCAAGUUAUCAGAAGUGGUCCAAGGAAAGAAGUGAUAGUUAUAACGUUUGACUGGUAACAAAAUGAAAAAAAAAUUGUAUAAAUUGCCUUUCCUAGUGUCUUGACGAGCCUUAGGUACAAAAGACAUGUUGAAUUUGCUGACAUCUGUUGCCAAAUUAGCUUAAACACAUAAACAAAUGGAUUGAGAGGUAGGCUUUUAAAAUGAGUUUUAAAUGCUGGAAUACAGUUUACACAUAAAACACACCAGCUUUGUUGUUUUUCUCAUAUUAAGUAUGUGUGUAAGUGGUCUUAUGUGGACUGUUUGUGCUGACUGGCCACAAAUGUUGCUUUUGUUGUUAUUGUUUGAAUGGGGAAUAAAAUAUAUAUGUGACAAACAGAUAAA